CUCACCAUUCCUCGGCCAUCGCGCUGCAGGUCUAGUAGCGCCGGAAGGCGGCGGUUUCGUGCUGCAAUACAAAGCGGAGAGUGACCGUUAGCGGCGGCCGGUGCGAUCGCGGGCGGGCGCGCGCGGUCCGACCCGAGGAUGGCGGCGAUGGCGCUCGGAUGGGCCCCCUGCUCGAGCCUGUACUCACCGCGAGCCGGACAGAGAGAGGGGGAGGGGAACAAGAUGGCGGAGGAAAAGGGCGAGCACGCGUGCGUCGGCGACGUCACCGCGUCCGCUCCCGCCCCGUCUCGCGCAAGACCCACACCUUCCUCCCCCGCGAUUCCCGUCACCGAGUAGACAGGUGGCCACGCAAGUCGCCUGAAGGAACAGGCAGCAAACCAUUACCGCGGCGACGACUCCAGCAACAACAACACCUGUUUAGGUGGCGCCUUCGCGAUACCUACGUUGUAACUUUGUCCUCUCUCCUGCCAAGUGAGACAGCGAUGUUGUUAUACGCCGUUACAAUAGAAGGAACCUGACUUGGAGGUAGGGACAUUACCGAUAGCCCUCAGCACUGUGCAAAGUAUUUUAUUAUCAACCAGUGCAGGGAUGUUAUGACACACCUCAGGAUCCGGUGGGAGUUGGACCCAGGUCUCCCAGCUCAGAGGUGUGUGCACUGUCACACAAAAAUCCCGGAAUGAACUGAAGAUGCUGGAAAUCAGAAACAUAAACAGAAAUACCUGGGAAAACACGUGAAAGAAGUGAAACCAUCACUGUAUUCUAACAGAUGAAAGGCUUAACAAUCAAUUUUUCAAUGUAUAAUUUCAGUUACAUCACACUGCAAAUUUUUGCUAUAAAUUCUGUGUUACGAUUGAGCCCUCCACUAUCACCUGAUGAAGGAGCGUCGCUCCGAAAGCUAGUGCUUCCAAUUAAACCUGUUGGACUAUAUGACCUGGUGUUGUGUGAUUUGUAACUGUGUACACCCCAGUCCAACACCGGCAUCUCCAAAUCUGGGAAAACUCAGCAGCAUCAGUGACAGAACGCGGAGUUGAGGUUCGGGUCCAGUGACGGGUUCUCCGGAAAGGGCCGGUGGGGGGAUUUGAAAAGUUUUGCCUACAAGAUUGGGCGGAUCAAACUGGACAAAUUGAUCGGAUCCGAUCCUUUUCAUUUCUUCGGGAUACGCAGCAAGGAGUUUGUUUCCAUCGGCCGGUCUCAAACGUCUGCUCCGACCAAAAUACAAUGUCCGGUCAAAUAACCGAAGUUGCAGGUGAUCAAAAUGAAAAUUCAAGAAACGAAUCACAGAAGUGGACAAGAUCCCAAAUUUUCACACUAGUCUCUGUAGCAUCAUUGAACUUUAGUUCUAUGAUUUGUUAUUCAAUUUUGGCACCUUUCUUUCCAAAAGAGGCAGGAAGGAAAGGAGCCAAUGACACUGUUGUUGGAAUGAUUUUUGGAUGUUUUGCUUUAUUUAAUCUUGUAUUUUCACUUGUAUUAGGAAAAUAUAUUAUACAAAUCGGAGCAAAAUUUAUGUUUCUGUCUGGAAUGUUCGUUUCUGGCUGGUCUACCAUCCUUUUUGGCCUAUUGGAUAAAGCUCCAAAUGGAUCUAUAUUUAUCACGUUGUGUUUCAUCAUAAGAUCAAUGGAUGCAAUAGGAUUUGCUGGAAGCGUUACUGCCUCAUUUUCAAUUCUUGCCUCAACAUUUCCAAACAAUGUAGCCACAAUCAUGGGACUUCUGGAAAUAUUCACUGGGCUUGGCCUCGUAAUGGGUCCACCUGUUGGAGGUUUUCUGUACCAGACAUUUGGGUAUGAAGUUCCUUUCAUUGCACUGGGAUGUAUCGUUCUUUUGAUGGUACCUUUGAACAUGUGUAUUCUACCAAAUUAUGAUGGAAUUGCCAGCAAAGAAUCAUUCUGGAAACUACUUGCAAUCCCCAAAAUAACAUUUGUGUGCCUGAUUGUAAUUUCUAUAAGUUCUUGUAUUGGCUUUCUGGAUCCCACCAUAUCACUGUUUGUAACUGAGAAGUUCAACCUGCACUCUGGAUAUAUAGGACUAGUAUUUCUAGGAUUCGCUUUGUCAUAUGCUCUAUCCUCCCCAUUACUUGGAUAUUUAAGUGAUGAAGUACCGAGAAUUAGGAAGUGGCUAAUGCUUAUUGGAAGUUGGCUGAUUGCUGUUAGCUUUUUUUUAUUGGGACCAGCACCAAUUUUUCAUAUCAAGUGCCGGCUCUGGAUGUUUGUUUUGAUGCUGGUAAUCAGUGGGAUUUCGCUCAGCUUAUGUGGAAUUCCUGUUUUCCCAGAAAUUAUCUCCUGUGUUUAUGAGAAUGGAUUUGAAGAGGGACUUGGUACUUUAGGUCUCGUGUCUGGAAUGUUUGGAGCAUGUUGGUGUUUGGGGUCAUUUGUAGGACCAACACUGGGUGGAUAUCUAUAUGAAAAAUUGUGUUUUGAGUGGGCUGCAUUCAUACAAGGAGGCUUUUCACUCUUUUUUGGUUCCUUGCUGGGUUUGUUCUUUGUAGUGGAAAUAUUUCAAAAAAGGAGGCCACUAUCUGCGAUUCACACUGAUGAAGAGCGAGCACCAUUGAUAUCAAAUUAAAUAUGGACAUUAACGGGUUUGAUUGGAUUACAAUUCUCUUGCAGACAACCUUUAGGCAUCCUCAUGCUUAAAACUGCCUUUACUAAAUAACUUUGUGUGGGUUUAAAUUUUUUAAUACUAAUUCUGAAACUUGCCUUUAAUAGAGUAAGAUGAAUUUCAUAUUAGUCAUCAAAUAUAGUAUAUCAGAGUGACAUGGUGGCUCUGUGGUUAGCACUGCUGCCUCACAGCACCAGGAACCUAAGUUCAAUGCUACCGUGGCGUGGCUAUCUGUGUGGAGUUUGCACAUUCUCCCAGUGUCUGUUUUCUCCCAUAGUCCAAAGAUGUGCAGGUUAGAUGGAUUGGUCAGGCUAAAUUGCCUAUAGUGUCUGGGAAUGUUUAGACUAGGUGUGUUAGCCAUGGGGAAUGUAGGCUUACAAGGAUGGGGUUGGUUUGGGUGUGAUAUUCUUUGCGGGGACGGUGUGGUGUUGAUGAGCCGAAUUCCACCCUGCAGAGAUUCUGAUCGUGAUGUCAAGCAGUAUUUUAUUGUGGAAUCAUGAUUUUUACAGAAAUUACUUUGUAUUCAUUAUCCUUUAUGUCAAUCAGUCUAAUUUGAUGAUCCUGAUCACAAUCUUCUUGUCACUAAUAAAGUAAUAAAACCACCA